AUUGUUUCGAUAAGUUAUCGAGCAAUCUAGUAAAUAAAUGUAGACACAAAAUACGUAGUUUAUUUCUUACAUUUAAUUCUUGAAUAAAACAUAUUUUAGGUGACAUAGCUAUCAUGAUGUUAAGCUUUAAAAAUACUUUAAUAAUUUGUAUUUAUUUCGAUGUAAUUUUCUCAAAAAGAAUUCAAAGAGAUGAUAAUGCAGUAGACGAAGCAGUUGGCGCCACGGGAACUAUAGCGAACAAUGAUGGCGAGGCAAUAGGUGGCGAAUUUCAAUCUGAUGGCGCAGACAAUAAAAAUGAAGAGAAAAGAGUUUAUGGAGCAGAUAUUGAAAAUUCGGGGAUAAAAAAUCCGGAUGUUUUUAAAGAGGAUGGUAAAGCAGAUCUUGGCGAUUACAUAGAUUUGGUUGAAGAAAUAUCCAAGUACUUGGAAAAUAUGCCCCAUGCGCAGGAAUUGGGGGCACUAGCUCAACAGCAGGAUAAAACUAUUUCACAAAAAGAUGCGGAGUGGCUUACAAAAUUUGGUAUAUUUUACCAGAAAUUGACUAAAGGAGUUGAGGGCAAUGUUGACACAGAUGAUGGAGAUAAUAAGAAAGUUGUAGAAAAUGUUAUGAAUAUUCUAAGUCAAACGCAGCAACAAUUGAGCUAUAUAAAUGAACAUUUAGAAGAUAAAAAUCUUGAUAAAGUACAGAAAGACGCCAAAAAUAUUGUGGAGACUGCCAAGCUCUCACUUAUGUACUUAAACGGUUUUAAAAAACUUGUAAAGAUUCCAGCCCUUCUUGUUACAAGUACAAUAAGAAUCAUUAGGACGGUGGUAAAUCUCAUUACGGCAAGAAAACUAAAAUCGGAAGAAAUCUGGGGCGAAGGUAGAAGACUCGUGAAAGCAUUGGUUGAGAACUCGGAUAUAGACGAAAACGACGAGGGAAUAAGAACAUUGUCUUCAAAAGUGUCACCAACUAACAUGAAUUUUGUGAAAGCAUUGUUGACAAUCUUAACAAUCACCAUCACUCAACUGGUUAACCCUGCACCUCUGUCGUUAAAGCUUAAAAACUUUAUUGAAUCAGAUGCAAACACGUUGCCUCGGAGACAUUCACUUGUAGAAUAUUUUAUUGAUCCAUCAAGUUAUGAUUCUAUCAUAGAAAGUCGCGUACAGGCAGCAAUGAAUAAGAUAGAACAAGCAUCGUGCAUCAGGUUCAUACAGCUGACGUCAGCGGACAGUCGAGAUAGUGAAAGGGACCUCAUUCUGAUCAACAACCCUUCUCGUAUCCGCGAGUGCUAUCACGCUCGUGAAAAUGUACCAUUCCAACGUACAGUGCGAAUAGUUUUGGGUUAUGACUGUUUGCAAGAUAGAGACAUACUCCACGCCCUGAUGCACGGUCUAUGGUUUAACGACGAGGUGGCUCAUCCUCAGAGGGACAAGUACAUCCGCGUCAUGUGGGACGACAUUCUCCCUGAUUACACAAAAUUAUUCCAAACUGUUCACACCAAACAUCUGAUGGACAACCCAGUGGAAUUUGACCCUAUGAGUAUCAUGCAGUUCCAUGACAGGCAGUUUAGCAGAACUGGACGGCCGACCAUAGUUCCAUUGAUUCCUGGCAUGACGAUUUCACCCUCGGACGACUUAUCAGCACUGGACAAGCUGAAGCUCCGCAUGGCUUUCGGCCAGGCGUGUACUAUCAACAAGUUGGCGCAUGUGAUGGACUCGUGCAAACUGGCUAUGAAAGAAGGAGACGAUAGGGGCAAUGGAACUGCUGAUGGAAACAAGGAGUUUGUAGAAAAAAUCGGAACGGACGGAGACAAUAUAGAGGAUCCAGAUGAUAUAGCCGGUGACAUCGUAGACGAUAAAGCGGAUGAAAACUUAGAUGACAUUGUGAAAUAUUAAAUUAGUUUGAUGCCCGCAAAGAAAAGCAGUUUUGAUAAAUGAUGAAACGAUACCAACACAUUAUGGAAAUAAUAAAAUUUCUUCUGAUA